AUGUGAACAAUGUCCCAGCUGUACUACAAGAAGACCGACAGCUCCUCAUACAGUGACCGCAUCCCUCUGCGCAUCGUCCGGGCUGAGUCGGAGCUCUCGGCCCUAGAGAGGGCCUACCUCGGGGCCGUGGGCAAAGGGGAUUACGCUACGGUGAAGGAGGCGCUGGAGGAAGCCGAGAUCUAUUUCCGCAUCAACAUCGACUGUGUGGACUCGCUGGGGCGCAAUGCCCUGCUCAUCGCCAUCGAGAACGAGAACUUGGAGAUCGUGGAGCUGCUGCUCAGUUACAACGUGCACGUGGGCGACGCCCUGCUGCAUGCCAUCCGCAAGGAGGUAGUGGGCGCCGUCGAGCUGUUGCUCAACCACAAGAAGCCCAGUGGUGAAAAACAGCUCCCACCGAUUCUGCUGGACAAACAGUUCUCGGACUUCACCCCUGACAUCACUCCGAUCAUCCUGGCGGCCCACACCAACAACUACGAGAUCAUCAAACUUCUUGUGCAGCGAGGAGUCUCCAUCCCUCAGCCGCACGCCGUGCUGUGCGACUGCCUGGAGUGCGUGUCCAGUCUGGACGUGGACGGCCUGCGCCACUCGCACUCCCGCCUCAACAUCUACAAGGCGCUGGCCAGCCCGUCGCUAAUCGCCCUAUCCAGCGAGGACCCUUUCCUCACGGCCUUUCAGCUCAGCUGGGAGCUGAAGGAGCUCAGCAGGGUGGAGAACGAGUUCAAGUCGGAGUACGAGGAGCUGUCGCACACGUGUAAACAAUUUGCAAAGGACCUCUUGGACCAGACCAGGAGCUCCAAGGAGCUGGAAAUUAUCCUCAACUACCGUGAUGACAUCAACCCACUGCUGGACGAGAACACGAAUGAUCUGGCACGGGUCAAAUUGGCUAUCAAAUACUGCCAGAAAGAGUUUGUCGCCCAGCCCAACUGUCAGCAGCUGCUGGCCUCCCGAUGGUACGACGAGAUCCCCGGCUGGAGGAGGCGUCACUGGGCAGUCAAAUUCAUCACGUGCAUACUCAUCGGGCUCCUCUUCCCCGUAUUAUCCAUCUUGUACUUGGUCUCUCCGAAAAGCCGUUACGGCUUAUUCAUCCGCAAGCCCUUUAUCAAGUUCAUCUGUCACGCCGCUUCCUACUUGACGUUCCUGUUCCUGCUCCUCUUGGCAUCGCAGCACAUCGAAGCGCCACAGCGUGACUUUCAGGGCCCGGCACCAACCGUGGUGGAAUGGAUGAUCCUACCCUGGGUCGUCGGGUUCAUCUGGACAGAGAUCAAACAGAUGUGGGAUAGCGGUUUCCAAGACUACAUGGACGACUGGUGGAACAUAAUGGACUUCAUUAUGAACGCACUGUAUCUCGCAACCAUUUCCCUGAAGAUUGUUGCCUAUAUAAAGUAUAGUGGGUACAAACCCCGAUGCAGCUGGGAAAUGUGGCACCCGACCCUAAUAGCCGAGGCUUUGUUCGCCAUCGCUAAUAUCUUCAGCUCCCUGCGCCUCAUCUGCCUUUUCACUGCCAAUUCCCAUCUGGGCCCGCUGCAAAUCUCGCUGGGCCGCAUGCUCCUCGACAUCCUGAAGUUCCUCUUCAUUUACUGUCUGGUGCUGCUGGCCUUCGCCAACGGCCUCAACCAGCUCUAUUUUUACUACGAAACCGAUGAGGGCAGCAACUGCAAGGGUAUUCGUUGCAUGCAGCAGAACAACGCGUUCUCGACGUUAUUCGAGACGCUGCAGUCAUUAUUCUGGUCCGUGUUUGGCCUUAUUUCCCUGUAUGUGACGCGAGUAAAGCCGGACCACGAAUUUACGGAGUUUGUUGGAACCACCAUGUUCGGCACGUACAACAUCAUCUCCCUGGUUGUGCUGCUGAACAUGCUAAUUGCCAUGAUGAACAACUCGUACCAGCACAUUGCUGAUCACGCCGAUAUUGAGUGGAAAUUUGCCAGAACUAAAUUAUGGAUGAGCUACUUUGAAGAGGGAGGAACUUUGCCAUCUCCGUUCAACAUAAUACCCAGUCCAAAGUCUUUUUAUUUUCUGACAGGAUGGAUACGAGCACGUGUACUUCGGAGGCCGAGCUUAAAAAGACUUGCAACCUUUGAAAGUUUGGGGAGGCGUGCAGCAGACAAUGUCAGACUAAACCACGAGUACCAGGAGGUCUUGAGAAACCUGGUAAAGAGGUAUGUAGCUGCGAUGAUCAGAGACGCCAAGACAGAAGAAGGGUUGACUGAGGAAAACUUCAAGGUUAGCGGUACCUCCUAUACGGAAGAAUUGUCAAACGUCUUCAUUUGGCGUUGUUAAAAUAA